AUGGCUCCAUCUGGUAAAAAGAGUAAGAAGCAGCCCGCUCCGGCUCCUUUGGCCAAAGUAGUGAAGGCCACAAAAGUUAAGAACCCAAAUUUUGAGAGAACCCCUCGUGAUUUCGGAAUAGGCCGCGCCAUUCGCCCCCGAGUCAACCUGUCUCGUUACGUUCGCUGGCCCAGGUACGUAAGAGUUCAGCGCCAGCGCCGCGUGUUGCUCCAGAGGCUCAAAAUCCCACCAUCUCUCAACCAGUUUAACUACACAGUCGAUAAGAGCCAAGCGUUGCAGUUGUUGAGAUUUCUGAGCAAGUACAAGCCCGAGACGAAGAAGGAGAAGGCCGCCAGGUUGCUGAAGGACGCCGAAACAGUGGCUUCAGGAGCAGAGUUGGCAUCGAGUAAGAAGCCAUACAUGCUGAAGAGUGGUUUGAACCACGUUACCAACCUAGUCGAGUACAAGAAGGCAAAGCUCGUAGUUAUCGCUCACGACGUGGAUCCAGUGGAUCUGGUCCUCUGGCUCCCAGCCCUCUGCAGGAAGAAGGAGGUGCCCUACUGCAUUGUCAAGGGGAAGAGCAGGCUCGGUAAGUUGGUACACCAGAAGACCGCAGCAGUCGUGGCAGUGGACAACGUGAGGAAGGAGGACCAGGCAGAGUUUGACAACCUCGUCAAGGCCUUCAUGCCUAUGUUCAACGAUAACGCCGAGUUGAGGAAGCGCUGGGGAGGACACGUCAUGGGAAUCAAGUCGCAGCACUUGAUAGCGAAGCGUGAAGCCCUAAUCGCCAUGGAAAACGCGAAGAAAUUAGGAUUGACCUAUAACUAA